GGACACGUUCUUCUGCUCCCAUAAUAAUCCAAACUUUAAGCACAUUCUUCUAUUUAGCCGCGCCUUUUUCUCCUCUUUCUUUAACCAUUUAAUAACAAUCAUUGAGCUGAAUAAAACAAGUGAUUAUUAUAUAAACUAUUGUUGUUUAUUAAGUUUUUGUUUAGGUGCUGGAGCUCUCAUCCAAAUUGAGUAAGGAGUGGAAAGCUCGGGCACAUCGAAAGGUUUCAGACUAUACGUUUUAUUUAAAGAAGUGAUGAUUGUACAAUGGAGGAUGACAAGUGCUUGAGUUUAAUUUUUCUGGAGGCAACUAAUUAAAAGCUUGUGAAAAGCUAUGGAAACCAAAGAACAGACACCCAGUGUCAUUGCAAGACUGAUGGGUUUCUAUGAAACGCGACACCAGCGGCCCAUUCAUAAAAAGUACAGAGUGCUCUCUGAGGACUACCUUCGCAAAAGUGCUUCAAUAGAUUUAUUAUUAAAGAAAUCAUCUUGCAAUGGGCGAUCAUUUAGGAUGAGCAGAGUGAAGAUGCCAGAGUUUAAGGAUAGCUUUGAAGGACAGGAGCAGCAGAGACAGUAUAUUCCGACAAUAUUACAGGGAAGGGAAACUUCACAGGCUGCAAAAGAAAGCAUAAAAUUUGAAAAGCAGAUUCCCAAGGAUAAACGAUAUGUUGAAUUGGAAGAGAGGAUUUUAGAUUCAUGGAAUUUUGGUUACAAGCUGGAAAAUGUACACUCUCGCAAGAACAGGUCACUGAAGUAUAGCGACAAAAGGGAUAAUUUGUUUCCUCACCACUCACAUAAUCAGCUUUGUACACAUUCCUCAUUUGGUCAAAGCACAGUCUCUAAGUUGUAUGACGUUCCAUCUUAUAGAAAUGAUGAAAAUUCCUGGAAGCCAGAGAAAACGACUUUGCGGAAAAAUGUUCUGAGAUCUCCUCAAAAACUUGAAUAUGAUUCAGAUGCCUUGGAAGAUCUUCAUAAUGAUUUGCAGAACAUAUCAAAAAUGCGAGUAAAGCUGAAAAAUAGGAUUCCUGUAAUUAAUGAAGCAAGUGACACAGGAAAACCCCUAAUUAAUUUGGAACCUUGUAAGCCCAGUUUUUCUACUAAGAAAACUGUAAUGGAAACCGAGGUAUCCAGAUCAGCACUUGGGGCUGACGACAACUCUGUACGUGAAACUAAAACAAUAACGCCAUUUCGUUCAAGUUUCUCCAACUUGGAAAACCAAGAGAAAGCAUCAUAUCCUCAUUCAAAUUGGUCAACAUUUACCAGAGCAGGAAAGGAUAUAGAUGCUGGAUGGCAGAAAUGGCAUGUUGGAAGAAAAACCAAGGUUUCUGCAGUCAGCGUGUCGCUAUAUUCUUUUGAUCAGAAGAGGGCCGAGUCAACCUACAAGCUUAGUAAAACUGGGUGCAGUAACUUCAGUCAGAACAGUGAAUAUUCAAAAUUGAGUCGACCUUUUGGUGUGAACAGCAAUCGUGGCGUGAAGAAAGAUGUUGUCACUAAGCCAUCAAGAUUCAGAUCAUCUCCCUCAUUCCCUAAUUCCACUGGAAAUUUUAAUUCGAAUAAGAAUGAUGGUUUCGGCAGUGAUGAGUAUCUGAGGCUUGAAGAAGCUGUUACUGAAGCAGGCAACAGGUUCGGGAACCAAAAGUUUUCUGACAAAGGUAUGUCAAAACCUGGAGACUCGACAUUUAACUCUGAGACAUCUCCAUUUUCUGGAUAUACGGAUUUACAAAAUCAUCAGAGCACAGAAGAAUGUCUCUUGAAUGAACUUGGAAACAAACUGGAGGAUGGAACUUUUUCAAAAAAAAUUCGAAAGAAGUCUGCGUUUUUAGAAGUCUCACACACUCCAGUCGGCCAGGAAUCACCAACAGAAUCAUUUGAAGAUGGCCUUGUGUUUUCAAACUGCUUUGAGUUUGAGCCUGAAUUAACUUCUAGUUGGAGGGACACUCACCAGCCUAGUCCAAACUCAGUUCUGAAUCCACCUUAUGAGGAUGAGAUCUUAUCGGAUAUUGAAUGUUUUGAUGGUGCUGAACCUGCUGGUGCUAAUCUCAUUGGUCUUUGGAAGCAACUCCAGCUUCUAAAGUCAGAUGUUGAAGACACACUUUCUGAUGGGCCGGGAAUGAUGAUUUCAAGUGAUGAAGGUACCAGAGAUGUUUCUGAUGAUUUUUUAAAAGAUAAUGGAAAGUCAGGAGUAUUCAAAGCCAAAGAAACUAGAGAUUUUUCCUACCUAGUUGAUGUUUUGGAUGAGGCUGGGUUCUAUGAUGCAAAUUGGGAGAUAAAUAUUGAAAAAUGGUAUUCUCCAGAAUCUGCUGUGAACCCCGCUGUAUUUGAGGCAUUGGAAAAGAAAUACGGUGAUCAAAUAUCCUGGGAAAAAUAUGAAAGAAGGCUUAUAUUUGACCGGAUAAACUCAGGGUUGAUAGAGAUUUUGCAGCCCUGCUUGGACAUUCCCGAGUGGGCAAAUUCUAGAAGUACAUGGCUUGGCACCCUACCGAAAAGGGAUGUGAUUGAAGAAAAAUUGUGGAACUUGCUGGUUAGCCAGGAGGAGGAGGUGAACAAAGGGUUGUCAGAGAAGGCGGUUGGAGGUGACACGAGUUGGUUAAAGGUAGGAGGUGAUAUUGAUAUUAUCGUUAGAGAGAUAGAGAAUCUUUUAUUCGAUGAUUUGGUGGCAGAGUUAGGUAAUGUAUAGAGUCGUGGCAGAAUCAGUUAUUCCUUAUAUUUUUCUGGCAAGUUUUGAGUGAUGCCAAGAGUAAAUAUUAGUUUGCAUAUAUGUUGCUACAAUUUGUAAAGACAGUAAGGAUAUUUUUUGGUUUAAAGAGAAAUACAAGGAGUGGUUUUUUGAGGUUGGCAA